UCUUUAAAAAUCGAUCUUUAGCCUCCACACUCAUAAAUUUACAUUUAUAGCCCUCAACCUUUCCCCCUUCCAUAUUUUCCGUUCAACGUCGGCUCUCUCGCUCCGCUCUCUUCUCUUCUCUCCUUUUCACUCUUAAAAAAUCUCCAUUCCAAUCAAUCCCUAAUUCCCUCUCUAUUAUUUUUUCUUCCAAUCGAAGAUUCUCAUCUCCUUUUUUUUUAGAAAUUAGGAUUAACCUUUUUCGUGGUAAUUAGCCUUGUAAUUUUUUUCCCUCAUUGUAAAUAGGGUUUUGCAUUUUUUUUUUUUAAAUUUCGAUUUAGAUUCUUAUUGUAUUUGUUUAAUUCUUUAUUUCUGUUGCUGUUUUUGGAUUUGCUAAUUUCAUGUAAAUGAAAGAAGAUUUGUUAUCGAUUUAGGGUUUUCGAUUUUCUUUUAUGUUAACCAAUAUGGAGAAUCCUCGUAGAUCAUUUGAUAGAUCAAGAGAACCCGGUUUUAAAAAACCGCGGCUAACCGAAGAUCUCGCUCCGAACCCUAACGGCCGGCCUUUUCCUCAACGGCCUAACCCAGUUGGUCACGCCUCUGCUUUAAGAUUUCGACCCAGUGAUUCGGAGACCAAUGACUUGAGCCGCACCGGCGGAGCUUACGAACCGCAACCAGUGUCACAUCAGCAGCAACAACAGCAGCACCAAGAGUUAGUUAGCCAGUACAAGACAGCGUUAGCUGAGCUGACUUUUAAUUCGAAACCUAUUAUAACGAACUUGACGAUAAUAGCCGGUGAGAAUCUUCAUGUCGCCAAGGCGAUUGCUGCCACUGUCUGCGCCAACAUUCUUGAGGUUCCCAGUGACCAAAAGCUGCCAUCGCUCUAUCUUUUAGACAGUAUUGUAAAGAAUAUUGGGAGAGAUUACAUUAAAUAUUUUGCUUCCAGAUUACCUGAGGUGUUCUGCAAAGCAUAUAGGCAAGUUGAUCCUCCUGUGCAUCAGAGUAUGCGACAUCUUUUUGGAACAUGGAAAGGGGUUUUCCCUCUUCAGCCUCUUCAGUUGAUUGAAAAGGAACUUGGCUUUGCUCCUAUGAUAAAUGGUUCAUCUUCAGGAGCCACAACAUCUAGACCAGAUCCACUAUCACAGCGUCCACCGCAUAGCAUUCAUGUAAAUCCAAAGUAUUUGGAGAAGCAGCGUCUUCAACAGUCAAGCAGGGAAAAAGGUAUGGUCAAUGAUAUGGUUGGGACUAUGGCCAACUUAAAGGAGGAUUCUGAGAGGCCAGCUAGAGCAGCCAUUACAGCUGGACGGCCCUUUGGAGAUCCUUCAGUUAAAUUGAAUACUCAUGGAAUGGGAGUCGGAAGAACCAGUGGGAAGGUUACUGAUCAAGGGCAUGAUAGGCCUUGGUAUGGAGCUACAAGCGGUGUUACUGAGACAUUUUCCGGCCAGAGGAAUGGUUUUAAUAGUAAGCAUGGAUCUCAAAAUUACUCGGCAUCCAAAUCUGUGAAUGCUGAUCCUCGUUUACGGGCAACACAGAACAUUGCUGGAAGAAGCAGUAGUGGGUUGUCUAGCAGCUGGAAAAACUCUGAGGAAGAAGAAUUUAUGUGGGAGAUGCACUCUAGAUUGUCAGAACAUGAUGCAGCCAACAUCUCUAAUAACUCGAGGAAAGAUCUCUGGACUCCUGAUGUUUCACAAAAAAUGGAUUUUGAAAGUCAGCUCUGCAAAGCGCAAGGUAUUGACGGUAUGGGGUCAAGGAUUGAUAGAGAAACUUCUGCCGAUUCAUUAUCCAUUGAGCAGAAGAACAAAACUUCUUAUGGGCGCCAGAUUUCAUCUGCAUGGCCAUUGCAGGAGUCACAUAACACAGAUGGAUUGGCCGCUAUUAAUUCGAGCCAUUCUGAAAGCUAUUCUGCCACUAUUGGUGGGUUGCCGACUGGCACAAGUUCUUCCCUGGCCAGGAUAGGAAUGCGACCACAAACAGGUAGGUCCCAUAUGGGAACCUCAGGCUUUGGGAUUUUGGCAAAUGUGGCAUCAGGAUCCACAGGUACUAUAGGCCAGCAGCGUUUUCAGUCCCUGGGAACUGCAUCAUCUCCUGAACAGUCUCCUAUGCGCCAGCGUUCACCGUCACCUUCAUUUCCUGCACACCGUCCUCAUCAACAGUUUCAGAAAUUGGCUGAGCAAGACCAUCCACAAACUCAUUCCUUGCCUCGGGCUGAUCCAAAACCAUCCCAUUUUUCAGGAAAGUUGAAUGUUGGGUCUUAUAAACACUCUCCUGAGGCUUCAUCUGCUUCAAUUUCUUCUUUUCAACCCAGCCGUCAUUAUCCCUUUUCACAGCCACCACAACCAGACUCCUUGCAGGCUGAACCUUCUGGUCAGACUCAGAAGCCACUUAUGUCUCAGAUCACCAAAGUAGGAGCAGCAUCAACACUAUCAGAGCAUACCAAUCCACUUCCUAUUGAAACUUCAGAACCGUCAAGUACAAGUAGUCUAUUGGCUGCUGUAAUGAAGAGUGGAAUCCUCUCCAACGAUUCAUUUACUGGCAGCUUUCCAAAUAAGAUUUCUCAAGAUGUGGGGCAAACGCCAUCACAGCCUCCUCUUCCAAAUGGGCCUAUGCCUGCUGUUUUUACAACCUUAGGCUUCGGGGUCGAUACUGAAACUUUGUCAGCUUCUGCAUCCCAUGAUGCAAUAACAGCUACUGCAAAUAGUUCUCAGGAAAAAGUAGAACAGCCGCCACUGCCUCCUGGGCCACCACCACCUUCAUCCCUUGUUAGUAAUGCCCCAUUGCAAACUUCAGAUGCAGAAAGCAAGGCUUCAAAUCCAAUAUCCAAUCUUUUGAGCUCAUUAGUUGCAAAAGGUUUGAUAUCUGCAUCAAAGAAGGAUGCUCCAUCUCUCUCGUCUCUUCAGAUGCCUACUCAAAUGCAGAAGAAGAGCCCGGGAAUGGAAGGGCUAAUGGAAUCACUGAAAAAGAGCUCAUCUCUCCCAUCUCAUCAGAUGCCUACUCAAAUGCAGAAGAAGAGCCCUGGAAUGGAGAGGUCAACUGAAUCACUGAACAAGAGAUUAGACAUUUCUACUAGUAGCUCUUUUCCAGCUUCUUCCAUUCCAAGUUCAUUGGAUGCUCCUGGUUCCUUAACCAUGGGUGAGUUAUCAUUUGCUGAACCUGCUACAAAAAGUUCAUUUGUGUCACAUCGGUUUGCCUCAUUGGACGUAGAAGACCUCAUAGGAUUAGAAUUCAGGCCAGAUGUAAUCAGAGAAUUUCAUUCAUCUGUUAUCAGUGGAUUGUUGGAUGACUUUCCACUUAGUUGCAGUUUUUGUGGUCUUCGACUUAAGUUUCAGGAACAGUUGGAUAGACACUUAGAGUGGCAUGCCCUGAAAAAGACUGAUACUGCAUUGAGGAGAUGGUAUGCUAGGUCAGACGAUUGGAUUGCUGGAAAGGCCAGGCAAUUGGUAUUUGAAUCCACUGGUUCUGUGAACCAGUUGGAUAAGACAACAGAAAUGGCUGAGCUUAUGGUUCCUGCAGAUGAAAAUCAAUAUGCAUGCAUGUUAUGUGGUGAGCUAUUUGAAGAUUAUUUUAGCCAGGACAGGGGCGAAUGGAUGUUUAAGGGAGCAAUGUACUUGACUAUCCCAUCAAAGGAUGGUGAGAUAAGAACUACAAAUGAGAGUGCAGCCAACAGUCUCAUUGUGCAUGAAAAUUGUAUGUCAGAAAGUUCAGUUCAUGACUUGGGACUGGCUGGUGGUAUUAAAAUGGAGAAGGAAGUAUAAUGCUCUUGAGGUUAAAAAUCGAGCCUUCAGUUGCUGUGCCACAAGUAGAACCUGAUGAAAGAAUCCAGGUUUACUUUUCCAUAGCCUAAAUGUCUAACAGCCCUUGUAUGCUAGUUUUGUUGUGCCUCAGAAAGGUGUUGGAGAGUGUCUACUAGUUGUUCUUGCUCUCAUUUUUCCCCUUUAGUUUUUUUUCAUUUCAAAGGU